UAUUUCUUCCAACGAGCCACAGCUCUGCUCCAAAUACUCAAAGCAUGCACACACAGCAGCACGCGCACGUAUCCGGUGCUGAGGUGGACUGAAGCCUAUAGAUACUGCUGCCGGGAGUCCACCUGGUGGUAUACGCGGUCCGAACCCUACUGAUGCGUCAUGAACCGUCGAUGUCUCCCCGCGCGUAAAAUGCCGCGCUCCGCGCGCAAUGGCGCUGUCGGCUCCUGGGAACAUGCGCGGCGUCCGGCGCGUUUCCUCCUGCUCCGCGCGCUGCCGCGGCUGUGGCGGCGGGAGCGGCAGCGUGGCGACGGCAUCCGGAGGAAAGAGAGGACCUUCAGAGCUCAGGCACGCGCCAGGGAGUGAGAUCAUUGGCGAUAUAAAUAUCCGGCUGUAAUGCCCAGGAGGAGCGCUGCGCGCGCGUGAGAGAGUAUCCGGGGCCUCAAGAGCGACACCCCCCAAAAAACAUGCUAGAAGUGUCCUAGCAGCGCGUCCUUCUCUCUGUUGGACCAUGCACGUUCUUCUUUACCUUCUGACCGUCGCGCACUUGGUCUGCGCCGCCGCAGCGCCUCGCGUCUCUCUGGAGCGCCAAGUCCUCCUGGAGGACCGGGACCGGGUCCGGUCGGGCCGCAGGACCUGCCGGCUCUACUGCCGGGUCGGGAUCGGCUUCCACCUCCAGAUCCAUCCGGACGGCCGCGUCAACGGCAGCCACGAGCCGGACCAGCUGAGUGUCCUGGAGCUUUUCGCCGUCUCUCAGGGGGUCAUUGGCAUCAAGGGGGUCCACGGGAACCGAUUCCUGGCCAUGAAUAGGAGAGGCCGGCUCUACGCCACCGAUCGGUUCUCCGACGACUGCCGGUUCCGGGAACGCUUCCAGGAGAACAGCUACAAUACGUACGCCUCGGUGGUCCACCGGAACCACCGGACCGGCCGCGACUGGUUUGUGGCCCUCAACAAGCGUGGCAAAGCCAAAAUGGGCUCCAGCCCGCGGGUCAAACCGCAGCAUGUGGCCACGCACUUCCUGCCGAGGCUCAUUCUUCAGGAUGACGGCGAGCGAGGCUUCACCAUCACGGGCCGCAGCAAAGAGAGGUGGAAGACCCCGAACCCCAAACCUCUGGUGGUCAAACUUCCGGCGCCCAAACCUCCGGUGGUCAAACCUCCGGUGGCCAAACCUCAGAUGGUCAAACCUCAGGUACCCAAACAUCCGGUACCUCCAGUGGCCAAGCCUCCGGUGGUCAAACCUCCGGUACCUCUGGUUGUCAAGGCCGUCUGUGCGGGAACGGGGCCGAGACGUACGCCUGUCAAAUACUGGCCUAAAUACCGGUUUGGAUAG